AUGUCCACAGCUGUAGGCGACAAGUCGUCGCUGAAGCCCAGGUGCCAUUUCGAGCCACGCUGCCUGGUGGCAGCAGGAUCCAAGCAAACGGAAACGCUCACCGUCCACCGUUUCCACAACGCAAAACCGCUCGUCCCGGCCCCAGCAGACAGACGCCAGCGCCUGACUCAAACCCCCAACCCCCAGCACCCAGCACCCAGCACCCAGCACCCAGCACCCAGCACCCAGCACCCAGCACCCAGCACCCAGCACCCAGCACCCAGCACCCAGCACCCAGCACCCAGCACCCAGCACCCAGCACCCCCUCGUGUCGACCACAACAAACCAAGAGACGGGUUGCAUUCCUCGGCGGCCUCACCUGUCCUUUGUGGCACUUCAGCACGAGCAAAGGCGCCGAUCACAGGGUCCGCGGAGACGGAGGGCAUCGGGGGCGGAACAGCGCGUGACGUCAAGGGAUCAACAAGCGUGCUCCUUUUGGAACCUGGCUCCGCUGCAGUGCCAGAGUGCUCAUCGUGCUUGGUCGCUCGCCAGAUCUUGGUCCCCAAUGCGCAGCAGCUUGUUGGUCCCCAAGCUCCUCCCCCUCUGGGGCUUCUGCAGUGGGGACCGUUUUCCCCCUUUGGGAACCUGUGA